CAGGAGCUGGCGGAGCGCUACGCCCCCCUGCUGCGCCUGCCCGUGUCGGAGGUAGGGGGCGCUCUGGAGUCGAUCCGAGCUCAGGCGGUGAAGCGAGGCAGAGGAAACCAAACGUUCAGGGAGACGAGCGUGGCGACGCUGGAGCUGCUGCUGCCGCGAGACGCCAAGAAGGAUCCAAAGGUCAGGACGUACCUGGAGACGAGGCUGGACGUGUCGGCGCAGCAGGUGGUGGACAGGUACUCGAUUACAUCACAGGCCGAGUGUGUAGUAGUUCAAAUGUUACUGAACAAACCUCCCAAUGAAAACCGUGUUUUUCUAAACUAACAAACUUAAAAGGCCAACAGAGCUUCCAAACAUUUCAUUGGUUGUAAAGAACUGAAAGUGAUCAUUUGUUGAAUUUGCACCAUUAGAAGAUCAAAUUUACUGAAAUCAAAACUAUUUCAAUCAAAAACAUUAACAGGUUCCAUAAAAACACAGGACCCCUCAUUUGAUAGCAUCCAUGGACCUGGAGAGUUUUGUGAGUGUGAUCUCUGAGCAGCACGACGAUCGCGCUUAUGUUUACGUGAAAGGUUUUCAUUAUGUGUCCAAGGCAUUCAACUGUUUCACACUCUUCAGCAGAGAGAUCCUUUUUCUUUCCCGUGUUGCUUGUAAAUGGUGGUGUGCUUAAUAAUGUGGCGCAUGCUUCUUUAGUAGAAAACGAAUGAUCACAUGUGUCUGAGGCUGAUGUCAGUGAUCCAAACAGCUCUGAGACUCGAUGCCAUCCAUGAGUUUGAUUGAAAAACAACAUAUUUAAUCUUUAUGACACUUAAAUACAAUUUUAUUAAUAAUUUGGAACGUGGUGUAAAAGUAAUGCAGUACUUAAUUACUCCUGGGAAAAACUAACUAGUUACACUACUCGUUGCAUUACUUUCAUGUUACUCUGUAAAACAGCUGCAGCUCACUGUCUCAUAAUCACUGUUUAAAC